AGCACAACUCUGCACAUUCGUUACCACCACAGGUGGCUGCUCGUCGCCCCUGAGCAACUCUCUCCCAACACCAACGUUAGAUCAUUUUUCCGUCACACGAUGAAGCAGAUAGCUACGGUUUUGUUCACUGCUUUGGCAGGAUAUGUUCAUUUUUCCGCUGCGGGUGACGCCGUCUACCACGGAUGUUACAACAGUAGUGGCUCCCUUCAGACAAAGGGGGAAGAUAAUUUUCAGUCACGAGGGAAAUGUAGGGAAACUUGUGUUAAGUCACCGGGCUAUUCGGUACAGGCGAUGACCAACAGUACAUUGUGUUUGUGUGGAAACUUUCUUCCAAACGAUGCAUACAAGGCGGAUGAUAGCAAAUGCAGACAAGGAUGCCCGGGUUUUGAGGAUGAAACAUGUGAGAACCUCCAUGCUUGAUACUUUCUCUAUUUUUUUAUCCAGCAAGCAAAUCUUCGAAUAUUUGAUCCAACUGACGCGUUGUAUAGGUGGUACUCGCUUGGGUGACUACUUCUCGGUCUAUUUGUCCGGAUUGGAGGAGAACCCUGACCAAGAUCCUGUUUCGUCCUCGUCGUCAAGUUCGCCCACUUCAACGGGAGGUAUGUGUCGAUUAUUAUCUAUGAUGGUCAACAUCCUUGCUGACCCUCGAUCAAGAUGGAUCCACCGUUUCCCACCCCACGGCUAUACCCACCUUGAAUAAGAACCAAUCCUCAUCGUCCGCAUCUUCAGAGCCUAAGAAAUCUGUCGACAAAGCCGGUGUCGCUGCUGGGGUAGUUGUGGGUGUGUUGGCGUUACUGGGGAUUGGGCUGGGACUUUUCCUUUUCAUCAGGCGGAGGAAGAGACAGCAGGUCGAGGAGGAGUACAAGAGGUCGGUAGCAACUAGGGGGUUUGCGAAGAAGCCUCAACAGGACCACCGACUCGACCCUGUCAUGAUCCAGAGGAGAGACAGUGCUGGGAGCAUUGCAGAUAAUCAAGACUAUUCGAGGAGAAUCCUGAAGGUCGGGACCCCCGCCUAUAAGUUUUGCUAAUUUGCUUCGCUGACAAGUUUGUGUGCAGGUCACAAACCCAGACGAUAGGUAAAAGUUCUUCUAAUGGCAAUGAUAAUUGGAGUCGUGUUCGACAUGUCUUGAGAGACACGAAAUGGUCUACUCUUUCCUUUGUACCCUUUCUGUAGCCCCAUUGCCUUUUGCUUUAUAUCCAUCCUCUCUGUUGCCUGUCAAUAUCAAUUUCCGCGUUAUGUAACGUUUUCGAAGGCUGUCAUGGGCACUGGCAAACUGGUGGGUACGAUAGGACGGAGGUAUUCAAAGCAAUGCGGGUUCCUUUCCUUUUUUUUUGUUUAGGUGAUGGGAUUGGGCGUGAUUGGGAGGGCAUUGGCGAGGAUGGAGAGAGUAAGGGGACAAAGUAGCUGAUCCUGCUAAAACUCUUCUUAUUUACUUUGCUUGUUUCAUCCCCCUCGCCUUUUCUUUGUAUCGUUGGUUUUUCUAUGUUCCUUUUCUGCCUCUGAUUCCUCCUGCUUUUACUUCAUGUCGUUAUUUCCUUGUAUUACUUUUAUUCCUUCUUCAUACUAGAGCAUCUUAUAUUGUCCGGAUGGAUUGACCAGUCGGCCAUUUGGUCGGCUUGAUACUACACUUGCAAAGCGAGGCUAGGGGAAUAAGACGGGGGGAAUCGGGAGCAAUUUUUUCUUUUUUCACACAUCGCACUCCAACACUGCCAUAAAAAAUUAACACUUUUGUACAUUUU